AGUCUCCACCCAACAGUGGGGCGGAUCCGUCCGGGAUAAGACCCGCUGCCAAGCCCCGACGAGGGUGUGAUUUGCGUGGAACCGCAGAGGACCGGCGCAGCCCCGUCUCCGCACCAGAGAGAUCUUCUGCUUGGCUGACUGAACUCUGAUCUCAGUAGAGCAUCAUGGCCAUGAGAGAGGGACCACCAGGCACUGAAUGCUGAGCGCACCUGCGCGAGAACACUUGACGGUACUUCAGCAGAGAAGGCCCACUCCCCUGCUGUACCUGCCACGUGCAUGGGCUUCAUGUGGACACAGCAUCCAAAGGAGGGACCAUCAAAGCUGCUUCAGGAUUCAACGCUGCCGAAGAUGCCCAGGCCCUGAGGAAGGCCAUGAAAGGGCUCGGUACCGAUGAGGACGCCAUCAUUCAAGUCCUCGCCUACCGCAACACCGCCCAGCGCCAGGAAAUCAGGACAGCCUACAAGUCCACCAUUGGCAGGGACCUCAUAGAUGACUUGAAGUCAGAACUGAGCGGCAACUUCGAGCAAGUGAUCGUGGGGAUGAUGACGCCCACCGUGCUCUACGAUGUGCAGGAGCUGCGAAAGGCCAUGAAGGGCGCUGGCACGGAUGAGGGCUGCCUGAUCGAGAUCCUGGCCUCCCGGACCCCAGAGGAGAUCCGGCGCAUCAACCAGACCUACCAGCAGCAAUACGGCCGGAGCCUUGAAGAUGACAUUUGCUCUGACACGUCGUUCAUGUUCCAGCGCGUGCUCGUGUCUCUGUCGGCUGGUGGCAGGGAUGAAGGGAAUUACCUGGAUGACGAUCUCGUGAGACAGGACGCCCAGGACCUCUAUGAGGCUGGAGAGAAGAAAUGGGGCACAGAUGAAGUGAAAUUUCUGACUAUUCUCUGUUCCCGGAAUCGAAAUCAUCUGUUACAUGUGUUUGAUGAAUACAAAAGGAUAUCCCAGAAGGAUAUUGAGCAGAGUAUUAAAUCCGAGACGUCUGGUAGCUUUGAAGAUGCCCUGCUGGCCAUAGUGAAGUGCAUGAGGAACAAACCUGCAUAUUUUGCUGAAAGACUUUAUAAGUCUAUGAAGGGCUUGGGCACAGAUGACGACACCCUCAUCCGUGUGAUGGUUUCACGGGCAGAGAUUGACAUGAUGGACAUCCGGGCAAACUUCAAGAAGCUCUACGGGAAGUCUCUGCACUCUUUCAUCAAGGGUGACACAUCAGGGGACUACAGGAAGGUGCUGCUGGUUCUUUGUGGAGGAGAUGAUUAGAAUAAAUCCCAGAAGGAGAGAAGUGUCUCAACACUCUGAAUUUUUUUUUAACUUCAUUUUUCUACACUGCUAUUAGCAUGAAUUUUUCUACACUGCUAUUAGCAUGAUCUCAGAAUGUUCAUUUCCAAUUAAAACGCCUACGGUUGUCUCCUAGGAUAUAGCCUGUCUGUAUUAUUAUUCAUCUGUAAUUAGUCAUAAUGAUGUUUUAAAGUGGUACUUGCAUUUCAAAGCUUUGAAACCUAUGUGGAAAUUUAAAAUUAGAAAUAAAAGUAUACUCCAUGUUUUUAACAGAUUAUUUCCUCAUUUGUGUUUGAGAAAUUGAAUACAUUAUUUCAUGUUUUCUUUCUGGUGAAAAACUUUCAAAAUGGAAGACUGUUCUAAAAUCACUUUCUUCCCUAAUCCUAUUUUUUGAGUGGUUAGUAAUUUAUUCAUUUGAAAUUGUGAGCAUUAGUUAUAAGAAAAGCUGUCUAGUUUUCUUUUUUACAUAAUCAUAGAUUGAAAGCAUCUGUCAAUCUUUUUUUAAGGUUUUAUUUGUAGUGUUGAUCUUUACUAAAAUUUCUCUCAUCAUAUGCCAUGUUGUGAUCGCUGGUUGAAGUACACGAAAAUCAAUUUACCUGAACAAGCUAAAUUGUCGGUGUGGUUAUGCAGAUUAUAUACAUCUGGUUAUCAGACAUAAAUGCUGUACAUUCCACAAUAUGACAGUUAAUGUCUUAAUUCAACUUGAAAGGGAAUGGAAAAAAUUAAAGCUUCAAGUUAGGUAUUCUGGUAAUGAUGAAAAGCUGUGAAGUUACUUUGAUAUAAAGAAAACUUUUUGAGCUAAAAACAAUUUUAAAAAUCUUUUUGAUUUUGUUGAUUUGUAGUAAUUUACAUCUGCAGUAUGCCUUUCCACUCUAGAAUCAUUUUGACGGUGUAUUUGGAUUUCAUUUAAAAGUUCAGUUUGUAUACAACAUGGAAAAAUAAUUUUAAUAAAAAAUGCUGACUUUAAAAUGA